AGGACAACGAACCGUGUAGAGACCACGUCUACGAUUGGUCACUCCUCGGCAAGGAUUUAAUUUUGAAUUUUUCUUUAUGGUGUGGAAGAGGCUCCGACCCGAACUUCGUCUAGUCCUCAGACUUUUAGACUAAAAUCAUGCCCAAGUUCAAACAACGAAGAAGAAAGCUAAGAGCCAAAGCCAAACGAUUAUUUAAGAAAAAAGAAGCCUCCCGAGUCCAGCCUAAGCUAUUGACCCCUCCCCCUCCCCCACCCACACCAGAAAGAGUGGUUACUUCUUCAACAGAUGUACCCCAAAGCAGAAACUGGCUGAGACGACCUUGGAGCUUCAGAUUUCCCAACGUCACUGAUGUGCUAAGCCUUUGGACAAAUAGAGCAUGGUGCAUGUACAAUCACUGUCAGACCUGUGUAGCCCAGAGUUUAGAAGUACUGAGAGAUGCCAUCUUCCCUUCCCGAGUCUACCACAGAGAACUUCACAGUCUAAAACAACAAUUUUGUGUUUUGAAAAGUGACUUGUGCAAGCUCCAAGAAACACUGAAGACCAUCUCAGAAAAUUCUUCUUAUUCAAGCCGUUGUCAUGCGUGUGGUGUGAGUGAUAAACUUACAAACGUGCCUGCCUGUGCUCCAACAACCCCUGGAGAAUCCCGAACUGUACCUCCUCCCACACUGCCACAGCCAGCCAGUCAUCCUCCCCCUCCCCCUCCUCCUCCUCCCCCUCCUCCCCCUCCUCUUCCUCCUCCUCCACCACCCCUAGCACCUUUGCUGCGCAGAAAACCUGGCACUACUAGAGCACUUCAGUCUGAACCGUUAAAGAAAGAUGGACCCAUGCAUAUAACAGUUAAAGAUCUACUCACUGUAAAAUUGAAAAAGACACAGAGUAUUGAAGAAAGGAAGAAGCUUGUACAAUCGCCACCAGAGCAACGGAAUCCACUAGUUACUGUCUCUGAUCUGCAGCGUAUUACUCUGAAGCCCAACUCCAGGGUGUCAGCAACACGGGUUAAAAAUGUCCUAAUUACUCCCGGCAAAAGCCAAAUAGAUCUGCGGAAACUGCUGAGGAAAGUCGAUGUAGACAGGAGCCCAGGUGGGACCCCUCUUACCAAUAAAGAAAAUAUGGAAACAGGAACUGGACUGACUCCAGUCAUGACUCGGGCCUUAAGGAGAAAGUUCCAGCUGGCUCACCCUAAAAGCCCAACUCAGUCUCUGCCACUUCAGACAAGCAGCUUCGAUGAACAAAACUGAGGCCAGCUCUGCCUGACUCCAAGGAGGAAUCCACACGAUGACAGAUCAAACCCCCUAAAUUUUAAUGUACUAAAAUAUGUAUAGCUCUAUGAAUGUAAUUCUACUUGAAGAAUCAGAGUGAGUAUGUAUGAAACAUACACACAUUGUGACAUAAAGAGAGAAUUUAGAUAUAUUCUGAUGAUUAUGAUAGUAAUCUGCAAAGUAAUGUUUACCCUGGAAUUAGCCAAUUUAGGUUAGAGUCGCUGUUCAGAUUUCAUUUCAUAGGGGCUGACAGCAUGGUUUAAUGGGCAAAGGCAUUUACCAAGAGCCCAGAUGGAGGGAAGAAAGAACUCUCACAUAUACGCUAUGAUAUGUGCUUCCUUCAACACACCAAGUUAAUAAAUUUGUUAAAAAUAGUAUUAAUGGUAUAACUAGUUUAUUAUAUAAAUAUAGUUCUGACAUUAAGAAAAUAGUGUGAGUACUAGAGAAAAUGGCUCAGCAGUUAAGAGCACUCCAGCUUUUGCAGAGGACCCAAGUUCAGGUCCCAGCACUCAAUUGAAGUGGCUUACAAAUGCCUAUAGUUCCAGAGCCAAGCGAUUCACCGGCUUCUUCUGGCCCAGACUGGCACCUGCGCUCACAUGUACAUAGGCACACAGACACGUAACUAAGAAUAUAAAAUUUUAAAAAUAGAGAACAUAACCUGGUUCCCGCUCAUAUAAGGCUGAUUCAUUCAUUGCUACAAACUUGAUUCAUAAAGUAAGACCCUCUAGUUGGGCAUAGUGAUACAUGCUUUCAAUCCCAGCACUUAGAAGACAGAAACCUGAAGUUCUUGGGAAUUUGAGGACAGUCUGGUCUAUAUAGUAGUUUCAGAACAGUCAGAACUAUACAGAGAGACCCUGUCUUAAAGUAAAUAAGCAAGUAAUUUAGAGGGAAAAAAAGAAAACAAUUCAAUGUGACUUGAAAAAUUCGGAAGGACCCUGUGUUUGCUUGAAAUGAAGUCUUAAAUUAUAGCCCAAGAUGGCCUGGAACUCAUGGAAAUCCUCGGUUCUCAACCGGAAUCACAGGGGUGAGCUACCACAUGUGGCUAGAAGGUAAUGACACAUUGCUAAAAUGACAUGGCCCCUUAGGCAGCUGGUUUCAUCUGGCUCACUGAGACACUUUUUUCUUCUUCUUUUUGGGGCUGAACCCAGGGCCUCACAACAUGCUAAGUACACGUACCCUGAGCUAUAUUCUCAGCCUUGUAUUGUCUACUUUUUAUAUCUACUGUCCAUUUUCCUGUAGUCAAAUAAAUUUUUAUUGAUUUUAGCAUGAAACUUCUGUUUUCCAGAAUGCCUUACCAAGGAUUCUCUGUGGUCCACGGUGGUUUUACCAAGAAGCUGACUUCCUGGUCCUUACCAGUCUGGGUAUUCCCUGGCAAUAAUGAUGUGUCUCUCACUGAUCUUCAUUCAUUCUUGCCAGUCUAGAGUGUCACGUUUAGCAAAUAAGAAUAUAAGAUACUUAAUUAAAUUUGAAUUAUAGAUAAGCCACAAAUAAGCUUUAAGUAUAAAUCUGUCCUACUAAACAAAUAUUUGAGUAUUACAGAUCAAACUCAAGUCCAUGUACAUGCUGACUAGUAGAAAUAUCUCCUUAAUACUGAAUAAGGAGCACUUACAUUUUUUAAAGUGUAUUUAGGUCUUUGCAGGGAAUAUAAUACUUGUCUAGAAGGUUCAUAGCCCUGGGUUCAAUCCCCAUUACUAAUACACAUGCACGCACACACACAUACACACACACACACACACACACACACACAUAUAAUGGUUAAUCUCAGUUGUCUAUUUCCUAUUAUCUGUAAUCACCUGGGAGAUGGGUUUUCUUAGACAUUAUCUGGAUUAGGUUAAUUGAGGUGGAUGACCUACCCUCUGUGGGUGGCACCAUCCCCUAAGCAGGGAUGCAAUGUGACCAGCUGCUUCAGGCUCCUGCUGUCUUGAUCCCCUCCCUCCUUCCAGGUGGAGUGUAUGGUAGAGCUGUAAGCCAA